AUAUAUUUCCAACUCUUAUUGUGCGUGCAUGCAUGUCACACAUUUUGUAAUAUUUGACAGGAUUGUAAACUAAAUCAACAAUGUAUGAGACAACAUUUCCUCAUCUGUUCUUUGUGUUCCAAAAGGGAGCACAUAGUAGCCUGCAGAAAAUGUUGCUCAAACACACAAUUAAACCCAGAUUGCAUUGAGAGAUACACAUAGUUUUGUCCUAGUUAUUCAAGAGACUGUUGGCUGGAAUGUAGGUCCCUGAGGCUGUGCUUUUAAAGUUUUCUCCUUUUUCCACAAUAUGUUUGAUCGUGUCAUAUAUCUGUGACAAAGGCCUACAUUCUAUAUAUUAGUGGCCACAGAUAAAUUAAGAGGUGUUGGCUGCUAAUGUAAAUUGCUAUGUGACAUGGUUCAGAUAAAGUCUCUGUGCGUGACACUUUAUAAGAUUUGGAUUUAGUGGUCUUGUGUGUGAGGGGGGUGUACACUACAUUUAGGCCUGAGGUGACCUGGCCUAUAAACUCUGGAGAGACACCCCACACUACAGCAAUUGGAGCAGCGGGAGUAUAAUUAACUGGAAACAAUCUCAUCAGAGAUUCAAGUGUACAAGUCACCGGAGUACGAGUCACUAGGUUUUGAGCUCACAGUGGAGCGGCUGGUUUCCAUCGGUUACCCCCAGGAGCUGCUCAGCUUCGUCUAUGACCCAUCCUUCCCCACCAGGGGCCUUGUGUUUGAUACCAUGUAUGGAAACCUGUUGAAAGUAGAUGCCUACGGUAAUAUCCUGGUCUGUGUCCAUGGAUUCAACUUCCUUCGAGGCCCUGAGAUCCGUGAACGGUACCCAAACAAGUUCAUUCAGAGAGAUGAUACAGAGCGCUUUUAUAUCCUUAACACUCUCUUCAACCUGCCAGAGACCUACCUCUUUGCUUGCCUUGUGGAUUUCUUCUCCAACUGUGACAGAUACACAAGCUGUGAAACUGGCUUCAAAAAUGGUGAUCUCUUCAUGUCCUAUAAGAGCAUGUUCCAGGACGUCCGCGACGCCGUCGACUGGGUCCACUUCAAGGGUACAUUAAAGGUGAAGACGGUUGAAAACUUGGAGAAAUAUGUAGUGAAAGAUGGAAAGCUGCCUCUUCUCCUCAGCAGAAUGAAUGAAGUUGCCAAGGUUUUUUUGGCUACCAACAGUGACUACAAAUACACUGAUAAAAUCAUGACCUACCUGUUUGACUUCCCACAUGGGCCGAAGCCUGGUACCUCCCACCGGCCCUGGCAGUCCUACUUUGACCUGAUCCUGGUAGACGCCAGGAAGCCCCAGUUCUUUGGAGAGGGUACGGUGCUCAGACAAGUCGACACGACAACAGGGCGUUUAAAAAUAGGAACCUACACAGGACCUCUGCAGCAUGGCAUAGUCUACUCUGGAGGUUCCUCAGACAUUGUGUGCGACCUGCUGGGGGCCAAGGGGAAAGACAUAGUGUACAUCGGCGACCACAUCUUUGGAGAUAUCCUCAAGUCUAAGAAACGCCAAGGCUGGAGGACGUUCCUGGUUAUACCGGAGUUGGCCCAGGAGCUGCAUGUGUGGACCGACAAAAGCUCGUUAUUCGAGGAACUGCAGGGCUUGGACAUUUUCUUGGCAGAACUCUACAAACAUCUGGACAGCAGCAGCAACGAGAGGCCUGACAUCAGCACUCUUCAGAGAAGAGUCAAGAAAGUGACGCAUGACAUGGACAUGUGCUACGGCAUGAUGGGUAGCCUUUUCCGCAGUGGCUCCCGACAGACCUUGUUUGCAUCUCAAGUGAUGCGUUACGCCGACUUGUACGCAGCCUCCUUCAUCAACCUGCUGUAUUAUCCCUUCAGCUACCUCUUCAGAGCUGCACACGUGCUGAUGCCCCACGAGUCGACGGUGGAACACGCCCACGUGGAUAUCGACACAGAGUCGCCACUGGCCACGCGCAACCGCACCCACUGCAGCGACUGCAAGGACCUGGAGUGCAAACGCACCCAGCUGACCCGCUCCUUCAGCGAGAUCAAACCUCCCAACCUGUUCCCCCUGACUCCCCAGGAGAUCACUCACUGCCACGAUGAGGAUGAUGAUGAGGAGGAAGAGGAGGAAUAAGCUGGACAUGUAGAAGAAAGCCAGGUUCCUGAUCCUGCCUUCUCAUGUUUCCAUUAGUCAGUCAGUUAUCUCUCUCAAAGUAAGGUGUGUGUGUGUGUGUGUGUGUGUGUGUGUGUGUGUGUGUGUGUGUGUGUGUGUGUGUGUGUGGUGUGUGUGUGUGUGUGUGUGUGUGUGUGUGUGUGUGUGUGUGUGUGUGUGUGUGUGGUGUGUGUGUGUGUGGUGUGUGUGUGUGUGUGUGUGUGUGUGUGUGUGUGUGUGUGUGUGUGUGUGUGAAAACAGUAUGCCACACAAACACACAUACUGAGAUUUUUGAGGGAGACCAGUAGCAAGACAGAUCAUAUGACUGUCAGAAGACUGUAUGCAUGCUCGGUCCUCUAAAACCCAACUAUUCCUAGCUUCAUUAUGUAAAAAAACAAAAACAAAGAGAAGAAGACAAAAAAGAAACACAUUAUGAUUUUUAAACAAUUACAUUUUAUUUCUGCAUUAUUUUCUCCGUCAGACAGAACAUCAAACACUUUUACUAUGUUGUGUUAAGCUGACUUGAAAGACCUGCUGGUGGAUUAAAUACACACAGUCACAUUUUUACUUAGUUUUAAUCAUAACUGUAUGCACAUUAUAACAAACAGAAAGCACUGUUCAGUUACAGUGUCAAAAAAAGGCACAAAGUGUAUUAAAACUUUGAGGCAACAUGGGAACAACAUUCAGUUUAUCAUCUGUGUAGUUUUGUUUUGUGUCUUUUACUAGUACUUUGUUCUAACUUGUAUGUAAGGGUGUGUGUUUCUGUGUGUGUGUGUGUUUCUCACUCAGACCGCAGCAUCCUGAGUAAUGGUGAGCUAAAAAUCCAUUGUACUAAACUAAAGCACAGGAGCACUUAAGCACAAGCGCGCAUUAGACGGAUGCAUUUUUUGUUUGAAGUUUGGUUUAGAGAACACCUUGUGGGACACGAGUGGCUCUUGAACUGAUAUUUUGUUACCAAGCAACAAUGAGGACGGAGUACUGUAACCGUAUGUUAUGCCAAUAGACUCUAUGACUAUGUGUAACAGGAGUGUUAAAGUUGCCUCAGUAUGCAAGGAAAUUAGGCUGUUUUAGGAUGGACCGUAAAAGGCUCAGUUCAGUAGGUUCAGUGUAAUCAAUAGCUUCAGACUAUGAUUAGCUUGUUUUGUUUAUCUCUUUGGUUUUUGGGGCUUUUUUGGGUGUUUUUCUGCUUUUAUCUGCUGACCCUGAAUUGUUGAGAAUGUACAGUAUUCUUCUGUUGGGCCUCUGAACACUGUAAAGGGACCAUUACAUCACAUUAGUGUUGGAUCCAGCUCUGGUAACAGUUCAGAACUGGAUGGACAUCUCUGAGUUGAAGCACUUGACUUUUUAUUUUCAUGACUAAAUAAGCAACAUUAUAGUUAAAAAAAACAACAUCUUACGAUAUUAUUUAUUAAGAGUCAAAACACUCAGCUAAUCUGCUCGUCAUCGGGACGGUAUGGGUGUGGUAAGGUUUGAUUGACAGUGCGUACCUUUCCAUACAUCCAUUUUCAACCUGCAUAGAAACAUGAAGAAAUGUUGAAAUAUAUAAUAGAGAUGUUUUAUGCUUGCCUGAGGUGCAAAGCACCAGCAAAAUGGGACAAAGUGCAAUGGAAACACACAUUGCCAACACAUCACAAUGUGUGAUAAGAAGCAUGUGACCACUGAAGAGAUUAACAAUUGUGACAGAAAAACAUCAAAUGAUGAGGAGACCCCUAACCUAACCUGUUGUUUUUUUACUCGUUUGAGGGCUGAAUGCCGCUCUUUUAAUGACAUUCUUUCACUGCAUGCUCUUCUUCUGCAAAUCUUUAAAUGGCACCGGGCUGGAGAAUUAGCGCCACCAACUGUUCAAACCGACUUGUAAUAUUUGCAAGACAGUAGCGAGUUGCUGUAAAAUGCAUUUUCUUUAAGUUUAAAAUGUUUCACUAAACUUGGACGCAAAUUUGUCAUCCAGUUUAGAUUUAAAUGUUGUUAAAUCCUAAUAAACAGACACUUGUGACAUCACUUUUUUUUUCCGGAGGAGCCCCGCCUACUUCAAACGAGUGCGAAGAGCACAAAGAAAAA